UGCGCAGCUCAGGGAGCGCGCAGCGCGGCAAUCGACAGUGCGCUGUGUCCCUCAGACACAGCGGAUCACCGAUCACGGAAAGAGAAGAGCCGCACUGAUGAUCAGUGUGCCCUGAUGAUCAGUGUAGCCCCAACAGUGCCACCUGUCAGUGUCCAUCAGUGCCUUGUGUCAGUGCUCAUCCAUGCCACCUGCCAGUGCCCAUCAGUGCCACACCAAUGCCACAUAUCAGUGCCUACCAGUGCACAUCAAUGCCACAUAUCAUUGCCCAUCUGAGCUGCCUUUCAGUGUCACCCAUCAAUGCCAAUCAGUGCCACCUAUCAGUGCCGCCUAUCAGUGCCAGUCAGUGCCGCCUAUCAGUGCCAGUCAGUGCCGCCUAUCAGUGCCGCUAUCAGUGCCAGUCAGUGCCGCCUAUCAGUGCCAGUCAGUGCCGCCUAUCAGUGCCACCUAUCCG